AUGUUUCCUAAGACUCUUACCGAUAGCAAAUAUAAGGCAUUUGUGGAUGGAGAGAUCAAGGAGAUUUCUCUGCAGGAUUACAUAGGGAAGUAUGUUGUGCUUGCCUUUUAUCCUCUGGACUUUACCUUUGUGUGUCCCACGGAGAUCAACAGAUUCAGUGAUCUCAAGGGAGCGUUUCUUCGGAGAAACGCAGUGGUUCUGCUUAUUUCCUGCGACUCUGUCUACACACACAAGGCUUGGGCCUCCAUUCCAAGGGAGCAGAACGGCGUUCUGGGAACUGCAUGGCCCAUGGUGUGGGAUGCAAAAAGAGAGCUCUGCAACCAGUUUGGGCUAUAUGACGAGGAAAACGGGCAUCCCAUGCGGAGCACGGUCAUUCUUGCGAAGGACCUAAGUGUCAGGCAUAUAAGCUCUAACUACCAUGCAAUUGGAAGGUCUGUGGACGAGAUUAUCCGCCUUAUUGAUGCUAUUACCUUCAACGAUGAGAAUGGGGAUAUAUGUCCUGCUGAAUGGAGGAGUGAGAACAAGGAUAAUUAA